AUGUCCAUGUCAUCGAGGCUCGACCCGUCCUUCAGCAUCGCCAUUAUCGGCGCAAGCAUCGCGGGCCUCGCGCUCGCCAUCGGCCUCCGCAAGCAAAAUGCCGCGUGCAGAUACACGAUCUACGAGGCCGCGCCGCAGUUCGAUGCCGUGGGCGCCGGCAUCUGGAUAGGCCCUAACGCUCUGCGCGCGAUGGAGCUCAUGGACGCGGGCUUUGCGGAACUGUACGGCCGGAUCAAGGUCGGGAAUGCGUGCGGCGACCGCCGGCAUGAGCAGUUUGAGAUACUGAGUGCCGCGCAGGGGUUUGGGGCGCUGGAUGGCUGGCGGGGCGGACGGGUGAUGUGUGUUGAGCAUGUGGAGGGCCAGACGCGGUUGUGUUUGGCGUUUUCGGGCGGGGAGGCUUGUGUGAUGGUUGAUACUGUGGUUGGCUGUGAUGGGAUUAAGGGGGUUACAACGCGCGUGGUGCUUGAGAUGGAGUAUCCGGAGGAAAUUGUUGCGAAGUACUGUCGUACUUAUGUCUACAGGAACAUCGUGCCGAUGCAGGAAGCCAAGCGAAUACUGGGCUCGUAUGCCGACAAUGCAAAGUGGUUCAUGGGCGAGGGGCGGGGAGGUGUAAAUGAUGAGCGGCCCUGGGUAGGGGAGCAGGCGGCAAUGCAGGCUUCAAGGGAAGAUAUGCCUUCCGACUUCAAUGGCUUUGAUAAACGGCUAUUAGGCCUGUUAGAUAGCACAAAACCUCUCCGAUGGCCCCUAUUCCACCAUCCUGAUACCUCAACGUAUUACCGCGGCCAUGUCUGCCUCCUCGGGGAUUCAGCCCACGCUUCCAGUCCCAGCCAGGCGGCCGGUGCCGGACUAGGGCUGGAAGAUGCGCUGGUCAUGUCUAGGCUUCUCGGCCUAGUCAAGAAGCCGGAACAACUUGAGGGUGCCUUUGAGGUGUACAAUUCCAUCCGUCAGCCCAGCGCGCAGGCCGUGGUUCAGGGGAGCCAGGAGGCACUCCUGGCCUAUUUCCUGGUCCACGCGGAGUUUGGCCACGACAUCCAGAAACUCACAGACUAUGCAAACACAAGGCUGUCAUUGAUCUGGUUCCAUGAAUUGGAGGGUGAUGUGAAGACGGCUGGGCAGCGGUUUCGGGAGCUGACUGAAGCAGCUCAGCCAGACAAUCGAGAACAAUAG